ACUACAUUAUCUAUUUGGUGACGAGAGAGAGCGCAACCAUGGUAGCGUCUCCUCCAAACGUGUCUGGCGUCGGUGCUAAGUUCACUCCAGGUGCUCUGGGGUCUGCCUUCACUCCGUUGUCUCGAGUGCCACCUCCCUUCCCCUUGUUCCAGUCACUACCGUUCCUGCCAUCAAUGGGCGCCACGAGUGUGAAGCAGCCGACGGCGCCCCUGGGGAUGGACCCCAGAUUGAUGGGGAUGCUGCAGAACUAUGGGUCCCUGGGUCAGCUGCCGUGGGCGGCUCUGGGCGCCGGCGACCUGGCACUCAACCGUCUCCUGUUGACUCCUGGGGGACGCCUCAGCCGACCCAAGAAGCGAUACAUCUGCAAGUAUUGUCAACGGGAGUUUACCAAGAGCUACAACCUGCUGAUCCACGAGAGAACACACACGGACGAGCGGCCCUUCCCUUGCGACAUCUGCGGCAAGGCCUUCAGGAGACAAGACCACCUCCGCGACCACAAGUACAUCCACAGCAAGGACAAGCCCUUCAAGUGUGAAGUGUGUGGCAAGGGCUUCUGCCAGGCGCGCACGCUGGCCGUCCACAAGGCCCAGCACGCCCACGACGCGCCCCCCACGCCCAUGCCCGCCCUUACCUCCCUACCUCGCACCACGCCCUCCCUGCCCACCUGCCACGCCCCUGACGCGGACGAGGUGGUUGACGUGCUUCACUGUGACGACGAUGACGACGUGGUGGAAGACGACGUGAUGCAGACGCUGACGGAGGAGGAGGAGCUGCCUGUAGUAGCAGUAGUGACGCCGCCCAAGAGACUCGGCUUCUCCAUCGCUGACAUUAUGAGCAGAUAGGCGCCUCCCGCGUCCCCACACACCUCAGUGCCUUUGUACAGUUCUUCCCAAGCUUUAAUACCAUGUACAUAUUGUAUAGAUUAUAUUUAUUAAAAACAUUGACUUAC